ACCUGAAAAACUUAAAUUGAUGAAAAAAUCAAUUGCGUAGCCAAGACAAUUAUAAACUGUUGAACCAACUCAUUCAUGAUAGGGGCUAAAUUACAAUGUUUCAUUACAUCAUUACAGUAAAAAGAAUUAGGCGGGCUAAACUGCAAUGAAUGAAUGAGCUAUGAGAAGCAAAAAGCUUGUAAAUUUAACCAGAGCUAUCUCAACAAUUGCAUGCAAAAACAACCCCACGACAAUUCCACUCACUUCGUUACAAUUAGACACAUACAUCCAACCCAGUGAUCGAGACACUAUAUAUUCAUACAACAAAGCCAUUGAUUAUCAAGUAAAGUACGGGUCUUUAAGCUAUGCACACCAACUGUUUGAUGAAAUGAUUGUGAGAGAUGUUGUGACUUGGAAUGCAAUGAUAUCUGGGUAUAACAAAUGUGGGUUUUUUGAGGAGGCUGUUUGGUUGUAUAGACAGAUGGUUGUUGAGGGGGUUUGUGAAAGUUCGAGUACUUUUUCGACUGUGUUGAGUGUGUGUUGUAAUGCAGGGUGGUGUCGACGAGGGCUUGAGGUUUUUUCGAGGGCGGUGGUUCUUGGGUUUGGUUUGAAUGUGUUUGUGGUUAGUGCAGUGAUUAGUGUUUAUAUGGGGAUGAAUUUUUUUGAUGUUGGGUUUAGGUUGUUUAGUGGUUUGAGUGAGAGGAAGUUGGCUGUUUGGAAUUUGGUUUUGAGGGGGUGUUGUGAUUCGGGGCGGUCAAGGGAGUUGUUCGGGGUUUUUAGGAGUAUGGGAGAGGAGGGGGUUAGGGGUAAUGCGCUUACGUUUUGUUAUAUGAUUCGUGGGUGUGGAAAUGAUGAGCUUGUUGAGGAAGGGAAACAGGUGCAUUGUCAUGUAGUGAAGAAUGGCUGGUGUGAGGUGAAUAUAUUUGUUAAGAAUGCUUUAGUUGAUUUUUAUUCUGCUUGCGGAUGUCUGCUUGAUGCUGAGAAAUCAUUUGUAGUUAUUUCGCCCAAGGAUUUGAUUUCGUGGAAUUCAAUGGUUUCUGCAUAUGGAAAUGGUGGUUUGAUAUUUGAAGCACUAGAAAUAUUUUCUAAAAUGCAAUAUUGGGGGAAGAAGCCAUCUGUGCGUUCUUUUGUGGGAUUGUUGACUUUAUGUCGUGAGGAGAAGAAUAUUGUAUUAGGGAAUCAGAUACAUUGUUUUGUCAAGAAAACAGGGUUUGAUGUUGGCAGUGCCUAUGUGCAAUCCGCUCUGAUUGAUAUGUAUGGAAAAUGUGGCGAGAUUGAGACUUCAGUGUCUAUAUUUCAAGGAGAUCAUGAAAUCAGUCUUGAAUCUUGUAACUCAAUGAUGACAUCUCUGUUGCAGUACGACAUGUUUGAUGACGUUGUUGAGUUGUUUGCUAUGAUGCUUGCCAAGGGAAUCAGAUUUGAUGAAGUUAGUAUCUCUACCACACUAAAAGCACUAUCACUUUCCAAUUGUGCUAGCUUGAUGGGCUUCCUAAUGCUUCAUUGUUGUGUGAUAAAAUCAGGGUUUGUGAUCAACUCGGCAGUUUCAUGCUCUUUAAUUGAUGCAUAUUCUAGAUCUGGCCAUGUUAAAUGCUCUCACCAAAUUUUUGAAGAACUGCCCUCAGUAAACGUCGUGUCAUUUACAUCAAUCAUUAAUGCAUAUGCGAGGAAUGGAAUGGGAAUGCAAGGCCUUGGGAUGCUUAAAGAAAUGACCGAAAAGGAUGUGAAACCUGAUAAAGUUACAUUCUUGUGUGUAUUAAACGGGUGCAACCAUUCAGGACUUGUUGAAGAGGGGAAAAUGGUGUUUGAUCUAAUGAAAACUGUUUAUAAUAUACCUCCAGACCUAAAACAUUAUUCAUGUAUGGUGGAUUUGUUUGGACGUGCAGGGUUGCUGGAAGAUGCAGAAGAGCUUCUUAAACAAGCACCAAGAAAGGACGAUUCUGUCCUUUGGAGUUCGUUGUUGAGGAGUUGUAGGAUCCACCGAAAUGAGGAUGUCGGUAGGAGAGUGACAACUAUACUGAUGGACCUUGAACCUGAGGAUCCUGAAAUUUGGUUGCAAGCUUCCAACUUCUAUGCUGAAAUAGGAGAAUUUGAAACUUCAUCGCAUAUUAGAGAGGUUGCAGUAGCAAGAAAGAUGAGGCUGGAUAUAGGUAACAGUUUAAUUGAAACGAGGGGUCAUUUGUAAAUCGGUCUAGACCCUGCAGAUUGGAUGUCGUAGACAAUUUUUAAAGUUUCUACUUCUAGUCUGAAGUCUUGCUAUCAUGCAUCCAAUUUUGUGUGUGAUGCAUGGGGAUGCUAGAAUCUGCUCCAAAUCUGCUCCACAACAAUUGCAAUACGUUGAAGGAAGUAGAAUCAAGAUAUUGUUAUUGAUGAUGAAACAACAGAAGUGCAUGUAAUUAUAGACUUUAAGCAUGCGAUCUUUACGGGGAUCUGCUCGAUAAUAUGAUCAGGCGGUGAUCGCAGCCAUACGUAACAUGCCAUACGUAACAAAACAUUGAUGCACGGCGACUGAGAGAGUCCGAAGAAUUAGGGGUUGUUUGGUUGACGGGAAUGUGAAAUAUUUUGUUCAUUCCAAACCCAUAGCUGGUGUUUGGUUUAAGAAAAUAUACUUUCAAACUCAUACUUCAAAUUCACAAGAUAUGGGUUUGAUACCCAAAGGAGUAGUGAGUAGGUGGGUAUGAAAUGGUGGGAAUAAAUUUCAUUUUUAAUUUU